AUGACAAAGUUAUUGGAACAGUGCUUAAAAGCUACAGCCGAAAAAUAUCUCUUGGAGGACCUUAAUCUUUAUAGGUUGUCACUAAAUUCCCCCAACUUCACUGAGAACAACAAUGCAGCUUGCCUAGCUAAUAAUAUUGCAAACCAAUUAAAGAACGAAACUUGUAAAAACGCCUUUCACUACAACUCUACUCCUGGCACUAAGCCUAAUGAUAACGAAUAUGACAAGCUCAUGGAUGGCUGUGACAUAAAAGAGAAUCACACAGUUCAAGGGGUCAUAUUGCCUGUCUGUAUGCCCAAAUUAGACCCAUUUUUGGUGCUUUUUAAUUUUACAACACCUCAAUAUGCAAAAUAUUUGAAGGAUUCAAACUACACUGAGACUGGGAUUGGCUCCGAGGAUAAUUGGAUGGUGGUUGUUUUGAGCACUAACACAUCAGCCGGAAACUUUUCUGGUGCAGCUUCUUUGAUUGCAAAUGUCAGUAUGGGUAACUCCUUGGUGGCUUUGUUCAUUGGAUUUCUUGUGUUUCUGCAGUGA